AUGGCAGAAGUUAUUCAUCAACAAAUGGAUGAAAAUCCUAGAAUUAACUAUUCUGGAUUAAUAAUUAACACGUUCGGUUGGAUAAAAGGUAAAGGUUACCAGCAUUUGACUCACAUUGCACUCGCUUUUGAAGUUGAUGUUAUUCUUGUACUUGAUGAAGAACGAUUAUAUAUUGAACUAGUGAGAGAUAUGCCAGGAUUUAUCAAAGUUGUUCUUUUACCAAAACGUAGAGGAGUAGUUCAAAGGAGUAAUAAGUUUAAAUUGGAAGGUAGAGAAGCACGUAUUCGAGAAUUCUUUUAUGGUAGUCCUAGGAAUGUACUUCAUCCACACACCUGCUUAGUAAGGUUUUCCGACAUAAAAGUAUAUAGAAUUUUAGCUCCACCCAUUCCGAAUGCAUUGAUGUCAUUAGAUACACAAAAAACUGAUUUUAAGCCAAAACUUGAAGGUGUUACACCAGGGCUAAAUAUGAUGCAUCACGUGUUAGCUCUGAGUUUCAGUACAACGGUAGAAGAAGACGUUGUGAGGAAUAGUGUUGCUGGUUUUGUCUGUGUAACAAAUGUUGACACCUCACAACAAAUGUUAACUCUGUUGUCCCCUCAACCAAAACCUCUGCCUGAAACAAUUUACCUCAUGUCAGAUGUACAGUUCAUUGACAACAAUGCUUGA